CGAAGGGCGGUAGCGAUGUGAUGUCCGCGCCGAUAAGUUCUACUCUGGAGGGGGGUCACCUCACGGCCGAACCCCUGUGGGAACGCGCAGGUUUCGGAAGCUACCGUACAGUAUUCGUCUAUCUAAAAAUAAGCAAACACGGUCGACAACCAGAAAUUGAUAACCACUCUCCUGCCUAAGCCGCUAGGACUUACUGCGUCUUUUAACUCCAAGGUUUUAGUGUGUGCGUGUCUCUUCACUAAUACGGUAGAACGUAUCCCUCGUCGAGGUAACGCAGAUUGCCGACCGACAUUGGUGGACAAUAUUGACCGGGAGAAGCUAGCAAAUUGUCUUUUUUCCUUAACAUUGUUGACGGUGCUUUUGCUUGUCGUCAGCGGCCAGUAGCUGGCCGACCUCUGGAGCCUAUCACGUUUUUUUCGCAUCUGACCGAUGACGUGUCACUUCAACGAGUAACGGGACCCGACGGUGCGUAUAUGCAGUAAGUGCGUGAACGAAGACGUGCAUUACACUCCAGCAGGAUUCACAACAUGGACGCCUUAAAACCUACGGAGCGAACGGAAGAGCUAGCGCCCCUGCUGGCUUUGGGUUGGACAAUUACAUCAGGACGUGACGCUAUAUACAAGGAGGUGAUGUUCAAGGACUUCAAUGAGGCAUUCGGAUUCAUGAGCCGCGUAGCGUUGCAUGCAGAAAAAAUGAAUCAUCAUCCAGAGUGGUUCAAUGUCUACAAUAAGGUGCAAAUCACUCUGUCGAGCCACGACGUAAACGGACUCUCAAGGCGGGACGUGAAGAUGGCUACCUUCAUUAAUCAACUACUAAAGAGCAAAUAAAAAUGGGAGAGCACAUUGUUCGCGGGAUUAAAAAUAUGUUCCAAUUGAGUUUUUCAAAACGAGUUUAUAAAUAAAUAAUUACACUACAUGUGUAUACUUCAUUACCUCUUCCCCUAA